AUGGUGAAUGAUAAAUCGGCGAGACGACCUAGACCUUCUUUUGUCUGCAUUCCUUGUAAAUCAAGGAAGCUAAAAUGCGACAGACUACGCCCUGUUUGUACUAGAUGCAGAAAGACAUCGAAACAAUGUGCAUAUGAAAACGAGCCAAAUCUUUCAAAAACUCCUCGUUUCACGAUGGAGUUGUCUGAUGAAGGCAGGAACUGUCCCUCACAGACCACCCGAGACCCCACGCAAGAUAUUUACACUCCAACAAGUAUUGCACGCUCUAAUGACGUAUCUGAGACACCAAUUUCCAAUAGCAUAUCAUGUUCUUUCGUAGAAAAAACAUCAAAAGACAUGGAACUGAAACUCUGGCAUCCAAAGGAUAUGCUUGUCAAUUCUGGCGGUGUAACUUUUUUCGACGCCCCCUUUGCAUCACAUACCUUGAUUGAGCUAGAUCCAUUUUUGAGGGCUCUUACGGUCUCAAUUCACGGCACAACACUAGUGGAUUUGCAGAAUAAUUUACUUCUGUGCUCUAACGAGGAAGUUAGCUUUUCCAAUUAUUUAGACAAAAUAAAUGGGGAGAAGGGAGAGGCUCCUCAACAAAUUCUUAGCCCGUUAACUUUUAUUGAUAAAGCAAUUGUUAAAUGGGUUGAUAAUGCCACUGAAAACGGGAAAAAUGCAUUUUCUUUCAAUUUCUUCCAUUCUGCAGUUCUCAUAUUCUGCAAUUCCAAUAUCAAAGUACUGCACUCUUUGCAACCUGUGAUCACAGAAGCUUCAUCUCUUCUUCCAGAUAAAAAAAUAGUUGACUUACUACUAAAGGUAUUCUACGAGAACGUGUACCCAUUCUAUCCAUAUUUAGACAUUCGGACUUUUGAGGAGGAGCUCCAGAAGAUUUUAAUUUCUUCCUAUGAUGGCCGUUAUGAAAUUUCGGUCACGAAAGACAGUCUAUCAAAUUUGUACGUAUUGUCCCUUUUCCUCCUGAUCAUGGCCAAUGCCUUAAGAAGUAUUUAUUGUGAUAGAGAAAAUUAUCCACAGAUAAAGUUGAAUGUUCUGGAAGCCGCGAAGCAAUAUUGUGACACAGCUCAAAAGCUACUCCACCUUUUAAAUGGUUAUAAGAACACGAAUGAGAAAAGUUUUUGCUGUCUGCUCUAUUUUUAUAUUCUAGUAUAUUUAAAUCCGACAGCUUCUGAAACUUUAAACUCAUACACCAAUUUGCUGAACAUUAAGUGUUUAUCGGAAUUAGCGCUUACGUUGGGACUACACCAAGAACCAUCUAAGAUUUCCAGAUAUAUCAAGGAAAUAGACCCCGAUCCAGAUCUCUUAAACUUCAGGAGAAAGCUUUGGGUUGGACUACAAUCUUUAAAAUUCAUGAUAUCUAUUCCAGAAGGCGUUUCUAAUAGGCUAGAAAAUGAGUACCUAUCAAAUUUUUUAGGGACCGAUGAAGAUAUGGUAAAGAUAUUCGAGAAAAACUUUCACGAAUUACCUGGCUACGAUGUUUCACUGUUAAACGAUAUUGAGGACAAGUACGAGUUCCAUAAGAUUCUGAACUGUUUAAUAUCGAGCGCUACCCCGAUUAACGGGAACCCAAAUUUGCUACCAAUUACAGAAAAUUUAAAGAGAACAAGAGAAUAUAUAGAUCUGAACUUUUCAUCAAAGCAGCUCAGCAACACUGGAGUUUAUGGCCUAUUAAACGUAAAACAGGUCUUUUGCAGAGAAGCAGUGAUUGAAGUCGAAAGUAUAAGAAAGACAGCGAUUUUCAUGAAUAGAAUUGUUGGAUUACUUUGUAUUUUGAACAUAAAUAACGUUUUAGCAGUGCAUUUUGAAAAAGAGGCGAAAAUAGAUUGGACUAAAAAUCAAGACUACUAUCACCUCUUUUUUCUCGAUUGCCUUACAACGUAUACUGAAUUGUUCAGGGACAUCGUAUCAUAUUUGAAAGGAGAUUAUAAGUGGUGUAUUCCCAAGAAGUAUUCCUAUUCCAUUAACAAACUUAUUUGUUUUUCCUUGAUGCGAUUAUGGGUUUUUCAAACUAGUUUAUGCUUAAGAUUUUCCUACAAGCAACUUUUAAGAGAAAAGGGUUCUCAAUCCGUUGAGAUUUCUAAUGAAUUUAACGACAUGUAUGGUAACAAUUUUGACCUGGCCUUACAAAAGUCUUUGAAGUAUAUGAGGUACCAUUUGAAAUUAACUUUAGAUUUGGCCUCUAAGGAGUUGAUGGAGUCGGAUUCUGAAUGUUUUGUAUCUCUGUCAAUGUUUAAAUACAUCGCAUAUCUAUUGGACACAGGAAAUCUAGCGACAUCAAUAAACGUAUUCUGGGAAAGAAGCUUUAAUACCAACGAGGUUUCAAAAACAAUUUUAAAACAGGUUAAUAUGAAAUGGGGAAUCAAUAUGACAAGCCCCCAAUAUGUAAAACGCCAUUUGAURAACUCUCAAGCGUUAAGCAGCCUAACUUACCCAUUCUUAAAAAAUAUCAACAUCAUACUUGAGAGCUCCGUAGAUCCAGACAACACUGAAGAUAUCGACGCUCCUUCGGAAGCUUUCUCUAUAGAUACUGGCGAACAGCUUUCAAUGCGUCAAACCAUGAAGGAAAAUUAUGAUUUAUUUGCAGACCUCAUCAACAGUAACUUGGGCGAAAUUCCGACGUUGUAG